GGAACCGGCUCCCGCCAGCACUAGCCAGCUGGAUUGGGUCUAGCCCUUGGUCCUGCGACGGCCAGCCUCUCGACUUUCUCCCCCAGCGAUGGACGACCCGACCCGCACGCAGCCGUGCUUCGUCCGCAUCGUGACCUUUCAAUAACGCCUCGCUCCCCCAUCCGUUGCUGCCAAUUGAGCAAUUUUCGCCCCAGCUUACGCGGUCUCUACUCAUUGCCAAAUCAUCGUACUCUGCGCUUCUACAAUACACUGUACUUUUCUGUUGAAGCUGUGCGACCGCCUGCGUUCAGCAACACCAGCUGGCGUCAUCAGGCCGACCCCGUUUGGCACACAGACGUGCCUCUCUGGUGGUACGGCUCAGAAUCACGACCGACCCUGGCGAACCCUCCCGAUCAAGCUGAUUCCUCCGCAACUCCAGUCCAACACCUUCUGUCGGUCGUCAUGGCCUCGGACACGGGAUUCGAAAGUCGGCAGCCGAAUGGCGUGACGCCUGAUGACGAUGCACUCAGCCCAAUUGAGCCUGCGACUCCCCGCGAGGCCGGGCCGCCGCCUUCAUCAUCACAAAUCACGCUGCCGUCGACCGAAAUACCAGGCUCGCCGAUAGAUCCCAACCAAUCCUUCAAGACCGAAGCCAACGAUGACAGAGCGGGUGCGACUGUCAUACCGUCGUCCCUUACCCCUCCACCCUCAACCCAGGUCGCCGCCCACGCCGCCAGCAACCCAAGGCGAACCUAUUCGCAAUCGCAGCAAUCCGCCCUCUUCUCCCCGCCGGCCACCAUCCUUCAAAAUAUCCGCGACCGCGACCUGGCCACGGACUUCGUCCCCCCUGCAUCCCAACAAAUCCUCGACGCGUCGGCGGACGACCUUCGAGCCAUGCUUCAGACCUGCGUUGCCGAGCACCACAAGCUCAAAAUGGAGGCAGCGCAUCACAAACUGCAAUAUAAUUUGCUGAGCUUGCAAGCCGAGGAAGACUCCAUGCGCGCUGCUGUGGAACACGACAUGGUCCGCCGUGAAGUCGAUGCUCUCCGCUUGGCCGAGCACAGCCGGCAGGCCAGACGGGAGCUGAGCACGGCGUCCGAGUCUGUCCAGCUUAAGUAUCUGCAGAUGAGAAAGGCCUACGAGGACGCCGAAAAGGAAAAUGAUACGCUACACCGGCGACUAAAGGCGGCCAAAAAGGUGAUUCAGCAGAAGGAAGAGGAAACCAUUGGCCUUGCCGAGGAACGAGACAUGCUCCUCACACGGAUACGGGAGAACCGCGAGCACUUUCAUAGGCUCUGCAGUCCCGGUGGUAUCUUCCACCACGCCCUAACCCCGAAGCAGCAGACUGCCUCGACGCCGCAACAAUACCGGUCGGCGCAUCACCACACACCGAGAUCGGCGAAACGAGACGAACAGGACGAUGGACUUUCCGCUUUGCUGCAAGCUAUGAGCCAAGACAACAAUAACAACAGCGCUCCAUCUACGCCGCAUCGCGCCGUCCUGCGCCACACUGGAAAGCACAGCCGAAACGCCCAGUCCAUGUCUUCGCUGCCCACCACACCGGUAAAUCGUACCCGUGAUGCGGCUCUCCUUCCCUCCGUCGACUUGGUUCCCCAGACAGAGCCACGGUCCAGACAUACCCAGUCCCACUUUGCAACAAUGACGCCAACGCCCAAACAGGAGAGGCGACGCAAGAGCAGGGAGAGCACGAUAUCGGUCGAGGAUACAGAGGAGUUGGCCAGACAGGCCCUGGAAUCUGCAGCCGCGGCCUCCCUAACCUCCCAUCCGCCACGGCAACCGCUUCCACGUCAGCGACGCCGCGCCGAGGACGAUGACGCCGAGGAGGUUUUUGAUAGUCAAGCGAGCCAAGCAGCUACCGAGAUGCUCCGCCGAAAUCCGGGUCGGAGCUUCGAUGUGGCCAGCUCAGCUGCCUCGCGGGAUGCGUCCCCUCACCCAGCGGAAACAUCGGCCAGGAUGCAGGCGAAGCUCCUGGCAUCCACUACAGGCAGUGGCGUGGACAAACGCAAGUUCAGCAGCGAGCUGCCGCUAGAAGAAGUUAGAAGCGGCCAUGGUAGUCCGCCGAAGAAGAUGCGCGUUGGCGGUCCGCUGCCGGAUGAUCACCGAGUUGGGCUGGGCAUCCAGUAUCGCGAAUGAAAUGGGCCAUGGCUUGGUGGCUUGGAAGAUGACAUCUACGUCGAACAGUACGGUAUGGCAAGGAUGCCAUAGAUUGGCUCCGGGGUAGCUCACUGAGUGAGAACGAAUUUAUGAGAUCCAAGCAUCUGUACCUCGUCGCGAACUUUGUUCCCGACACUAGGCCCCACGGUGUGAAUGUCGUAGCACUGAGUUAAGCAACAAUGUGCCUCUACAUUUGCAACAUUUGAGCGAAGCACGUCAUGCCACAGCUGCCAUCAGGGCCUUUGCACACUCGCCAAUGAUGGCAUCCUGAUCGCCAAUGUACUUUCCGGUCAUCUCGAUGAGCGCUUUGAGGGCACCCACGUCGUCGAGCGCGCCAACGUCCUUGUAGUCUUGCUGAUGAUGCACAAUGGACGUGCCACCGAGCCCGAACCAGGUUCGCUUCUCCUCAUCCCAGGCGGGGAUCUCCUGGCUGACGUUGAGGCGCCAGUACUUCUUCUCCAUCGGCCGGGGAGCAAAGGCGUUGACCAGGGCGCGGAAGAGGAUGUUUGUCAGCUCGGUAUUGGUGGCGACGGCGGCAAAGGCCGCCUCGACGGUGUGGCUCGGGACGGCGCCGGGGGCGGUGAUGGAUUGGUUGGCGGCCAUGCCCGUGCCGAUGGAGAGGAAGCACGACGUGGGACGCGCGGGGCCGAAGACGGCGAGGACUUCUGUCCAAAGCCUAUGAUGAGUUAAGUUUCACGUCAGUAGUGUGUUCAAUGUGUAGUGCGUGUCCGUAGUGAGAAAGUGCACCACUGAUCAGCAGCACCAUACUAGCCAGCCACACACUUCAAGGGGGGGGAGCUUCUAAGGUUUUUCAUUCAUACCAUCCUAAGGGGUUGUUCGCCCCCAUGCCCCCGUCG